ACAGUGCUCAAGAAAUAGAAAUAAUGGGUCUUUCUUCUUUUAUGUUUAUCACUGUUAUUUUCCUCAUUUUGUUCUUUACUGAUUCUUUGGCACUUGAUAGCAUUCGUCAACACCAAUCUCUCAGUGAUGGCAGAACAUUGGUUUCAAGUGAAGGAAGAUUUGAGCUGGGUUUCUUCAGUCCAGACACUUCCGAGAAUCGUUACUUGGGAAUUUGGUACAAAAAUAUCCCAUUGAGAACUGUUGUUUGGGUUGCAAACCGAUGCAACCCAAUCAAUGAUUCGUCUGGCGUGUUGACCAUAAACAGCACAGGCGAUCUUGUACUUUUGGGUCAGAACAAGAGUCUAGUUUGGUGGUCGAGCUCACUAAAACGAGCCCAGAUUCCAUUUGUACAGAUUCUCGACUCUGGUAAUCUUGUACUGAGAGAUGAGAAAGAUGGAAAUGCUGAAAAUUAUGUAUGGCAAAGCUUCGAUUUUCCCUGUGAUACAUUGUUACCAAGCAUGAAGUUGGGAUGGGACUUGAGGACUGGUCUUAAGAGAAGUCUAUCAGCAUGGAGGAGUCCAGAUGACCCAUGUCCAGAAGAUUUCACUUACAGGAUUGAACCACAGCCUGGUACAUAUCCAGAAGGAUAUAUAAGACGAGGCACUGGUAAGUUCUAUCGUACGGGCCCAUGGAAUGGCCUUCGUUUCAGUGGUUCACCAGAACUAAGACCCAAUCCCCUUUAUGAAUUUCACUUUGUUGACACCGAUGAUGAAGUGUACUAUAUGUACAAACUUGUGAAUGAGUCUGUGAUCUCAAAACUAGCUUUGAACCAAACCACCCGUACACGCGAGCGUUCUAUAUGGAUUGAAGCAAAUCAAACUUGGAGAGAAUAUUCUUCAGUACCUAGAGAUCUUUGUGAUGAUUAUGGCGUCUGUGGAGCCAAUGGAAAAUGUACCAUAGGACAGAACCCGGUUUGUGAAUGUCUAAAAGGAUUCAAACCUAAGUCUCAAGAACUGUGGGAUGGGAUGGAUUGGUCUAAAGGAUGUGAACGUAGUGUGCCACUGAGCUGCCAGGAUAAACACACAGAUGGAUUCGUUAAAUUUGUUGACUUGAAGUUGCCUGAUACCACAAAUUCUUGGAUGGACAAAAAUAUGAAUCUCGAGGAAUGCCGGGCCAAAUGCUUGAACAACUGUUCUUGCAUGGCUUAUAUGAACUCUGAUAUCAGAGGAAAAGGUAGCGGCUGCGCCUUGUGGUUUGGUGAUCUGGUAGAUGUAAGGUGGUUUGCCGAUGGACAGGAUCUAUAUAUUCGAAUGCCAGCUUCAGAGCUAGAAAAAAACAAAAACACAGAAAAGACUACAAAAACAAGAGUUGAUGGUAAAGUGAAGGCAGCAAUGAUAGCUGCAUCUAUCAUUGCAGUGGUUUCUGGGAUGCUCUGCCUUGGAUUUUUCAUUUCCCGAAAAAGGAAAGCAGCCUUGAAAGAAAAAACAAAGAGAAAUGAAAUGGUAGAUCCAAGUAAUGGAGGCCGAAAGGAAGACUUGGAGCUUCCGUUGUUCCACUUAUCAAAAAUAGUAACUGCAACUAAUAACUUUUCAAUGGAAAAUAAGCUUGGGGAAGGUGGUUUCGGACCUGUAUACAGGGGUAUAUUAGAAGACGGACAAGAAAUUGCAGUGAAGAGGCUUUCAAUAAGUUCUGGACAAGGGGUAAAUGAAUUUAAGAAUGAAGUAAUACUAAUUGCCAAGCUUCAGCAUCGUAAUCUUGUAAAGCUUCUUGGCUGCUGCAUUGAGGGAGAGGAGAAAUUGCUGGUUUAUGAAUAUAUGCCCAACAAAAGCCUGGACUCUUUCAUUUUUGAUCAUAAGCAAGAAAAGCUAUUAGAAUGGUCUCAACGUUUCCAAAUAAUUUGCGGUGUUGCUCGAGGACUUCUUUAUCUCCAUCAAGAUUCUAGAUUAAGAAUUAUACAUAGAGAUCUCAAACCAAGUAAUGUUUUACUAGACAAAGAAAUGAACCCUAAGAUUUCAGACUUUGGCAUGGCUAGAACCUUUGGAGGAGAUCAAACAGAAGGAAAUACGAACAGAGUAGUAGGAACUUAUGGGUAUAUGGCACCGGAGUAUGCUUUUGAUGGGCAAUUCUCAAUAAAAUCCGAUGUCUUUAGCUUUGGGAUAUUGAUGUUGGAGAUUAUAAGUGGAAAAAGAAGCAGAGGAUUUCAUCAUCAAAACCAUGGGAUCACCCUCAUUGGACAUGCAUGGACAUUGUUUCAAGAAGGAAAGCCAUUUCAACUGAUUGAUGCAUGCAUGAAUGAUUACUCACAAGAUUUGUCAGAAGUGUUGCGUUGUAUCCAUAUUAGCCUGCUAUGUGUUCAACAACGCCCUGUCGAUAGGCCCAGCAUGCCUUCUGUGGUUUUGAUGCUGAGUGGUGAGGGUGCUUUGCCUGAGCCCAAACCACCAGGCUAUUUCAUAGAAACAGAUCAUUUGGCAGAACCAUAUUCCUCUUCAAGUAAGCAUGGUUUGUCUUCAACAGCCUAUAGUAUAACCAUGACAGUGAUGGAGGCGCGAUAAGGAUUAAUUAAUUGUAUAAUCAUAUGUAUGCCAUUCAGAAUAUGAACAUAUAUAUAUAUGUGUGUGUGUAUGGGUUGGAGAACCACCAACAGUAUUCUCACUUGGAAUCUAGGUUUUUGUAGAUCGGUGUGUUAUACUUGUCUUAGGGUAUAUGUAAGUAUGUCUAUUAUAUACACAAUAAUUAUGUAGGCUUUUUUGUUCAUGGGUAUCACAUAUAUUUUCCUUUGAGAUAAA